CCCGCCAAAUACCUGCGCACCCCCCUCGACACCUGCCACCAUGGAGGCCCUCAUGCGCGCGACGGAGACCAUCAAAGCCUUCCGGGAAACUCGCCUUAGCAAUAUCCGGGGCCCCGCUGAGUUCUUCGACUACAACCGCGUAUCUCGCCCCGCCGACCUCAACCAGACAACACAUCGCAUAUCCUACAACACUCGCUACUUCUCAGGAAACUACGGACUUGUCGUCGCCCUCCUCGCUGUAUAUGCCAUUGUAACGAACACCCUCCUCAUCUUCGCCGUCCUCUUCCUCGUCGGCGGCUUCGCCGCUAUCAACCGCUUCGCCCCGGACCCGAUUACGGUCGGGGAGCACGUCAUCACGCAAAAGUCGCUCUACUCUGGCCUCUUCAUCAUCGGCAUCCCCCUCCUCUGGUUCUCGUCCCCCUUCAGCACCGUCUUCUGGCUCGUCGGCGCCUCCGCCGUCCUCAUCCUCGGCCACGCCUCCAUCAUGGAGCCCGGCAUCGAGAGCGAGUACGCAACCGUCCAGGACGCCGUCUAAGCGGCGGGUAGUUUGGGAGGAAGGGGACGGGGUCGCGAGGAAGAGCGCCAUUUGGCCUCUGGGGAUAGCGCGGGUGGAUAGACUUCGUUCAGACCAUGGAGCUCUCGUUUCUUACAUAGUCGAUCUUUCGCUCGGACGCGUCUCUUCCGGCUCUAUAAUACAUGUAGCACACGACCAGACGGGACGCGAGCGUGCGCCGCGCGGGACGC